AUGCUUCGCAAUUCAGUGAAAUUUGCCUCCCCCUCCCUUUUUUUCACUCUUCAAUUCUCAUGUUUUCUCUAUAGGCGGGCUCACGCUCGGAAGGCCCUUGGCAAAUUGGAUGAAGCUGUAAGCGAUCUGAAACGCAUUUUGGAUAUCGAACCGAGAAAUUCCAUUGCACUAAAAGACCUCGGUGCCUGGACCGGAGAUUCAAAUUUGCGCGCUGGUUCCAUAAACUCUAUCUUCAAGAUUGUUGAUGUAUCGAGAGUUACUUCAAAAGCUUUACGCCCUAUCCAAAUUUCAGAAGUUGGUGGCACUCGAUCAAUGUUUCAAGCCAAUGGCUGUCGGGAAUUGCAACCAAUUAACAAUUUAACUGUAUCAAAUGUGCAAGAUAGAUCGAGCGACACUGCUUUAGCUCCUUGUGUUUCUCCUCAAUUGGAAGUGACUCCGACCAUGCCACUGGAACCACCUACCAAUUGGUUUCAAAUGGAACGAGAAUUGAGGGAACUGAUUCCGUCAAGUGAAAGCCUUGCUCCUCUUGCAGUGGAUUAUUUGUGCUCCAUCGAACCUACAAACUAUGCAAGUGUUAUUGGAAAUAAUCUUAAUUCUUCGUGUCUUGGUCGUUUCCUAGCAGCCUUUAGCAUCAGCUCAAAGUUGACUUCAGCCCAGAAGGCUGAGAGGAUGGCAGCUUUGGCUAAACUCCCGAGAUUCGAUGUGGCCUGGUUGUUAACAGAUGACUCCGACCGUACAAUUGUUGGGCGACUUCUUCAAGAAGUACCACCCGAAAGCGUAGCCUCCUUGAAAACGUACUUUUCUUAG